AUGGAUCAUCUAUUGGGUGCGGAGUGUGAAGUGUCGGAGGUGAAACGGAAGGGAAAGCAGCAAACAUUAAUGCUGUGUGAAGUGUGUAAUAUUCGGCUGAACUCCAGCGCUCAGGCUCAGGUCCACUACAAGGGAAAAACUCACCAGCGCCGACUACGGCAAGCCAACAGCGCCAAAACCAGCGGAGGAGCCAGAAAUAGCACGGGAAAUCCAGUCCAGGGCAGUGCUUUGCUGACAUCACUUCCUGUUCAGCCUCAGAUGGACCCGAAGCACUGUCUGCCUCUGAAAGUAAACAACACGUCACCUCUCAGCCUCUUCUCCAACUUCAACAUGACGGAUCCUGUUCAGAAAGCAGUUAUCAGCCACACUUUCAGCAUCGCACAAUCACUAAAGAAGAAACAAAUCAUCACCUGCAAUAUCUGUCACCUCCGCUUCAACUCAACAAACCAAGCAGAAGCGCACUACAAAGGCCACAAGCAUGCACGCAAACUCAAAGCCAUAGACAAACUGAAGAACAAGCAAAGGAUUAUUGGAAAGUCUGUGUGGAAGGAGAGGGAGUGGAGGAAACCAAUAGAGGUAGAGAUGGAGGACAGCAAGGGGAAGGACAUCAGUCUGUCAGAGAGGACAGCACCAAUCUGUUCAUCACAGGCAUCAAACCCAGAGGAUGAAUGUGUUCAGGGGAUCUCAGUCACGCUAUCACCCAUUUCACACACUUCAGGCUUAGUAAGGCUGUGUGAGAGCAAAUGUAUCCCAGAUUCGCUUGCUCUGGUGCCACCAGAUGAGUUGAAAUGCUUGUGGGACUCUGACUCCAUUGUAAAGGGAUACAGGAACAGGAGGAAAUGCAGCAAGAGUCUUCAGUGUCCUGUUUGUAAAGUGACUGUCAACUCUGGCUCGCAGCUUGAGGAUCAUUAUAAAGGUUUGAAGCACAGAUUGAUGCUCAGGGGUCACUGUACACUGCCACGGAAACAGUGUAGAAAAGUGGAUUCAUCCCGUGCCACAGCCCACCCUAAACGGCCGUCCAUCAGCUCCGCCUCCACCGACCAGUCACAUCACUGCAAUGUGUGUGAUGUAGACGUCAACUCGGAAGCUCAGCUCCAACAACACCUGAGCAGCAGGAGACACCGAGACCGAACAGCUGGAACAUCACAUAAAACAAAGUGCAUCAACAAUUCUGCUCACUCUGUGUUUAUGACCAAGCUCACACUUCAGAAGGAACUCUCCAGAACAUUGACCUCCAGCUUCCUAACAUCAGCCCUCACCCCUGCCACCCUGUGCACCAUGACAACUGGGCCUUUGCCUCUAAGCCAUGUUCACUCACCGCCCACCAUAUUCCAGACCCCUCUAUUUAGCCCCACCCUCUUUCGACCCACCCUCGGGCCCCUGAGGGCAGCUCAUGGUCCAAUCGUCUUCUCUCCUUACUGA